AGGAGAAGGAGGAGCAGGGGGAGGAGGAGAGGAGGAAGCGUCCACGCGCUCCGGCGCCCCCGGAGGUACCUGGCUGUACUGAGCCGCACAGACAGUUAAUCAUCUGCAGCCCGGGAGCCGCGGGCCCAGUCGCCGCACAAGCGCCGCCUCCCGUUUUCCGGGCCCCGGCACUUCUGGGGUUCCGGGCGCGGGAGCGCAGGGGGCCCCCAUGGAGGCCACGUCUCGGGGUGCCGGGGACGCGCAGCCGCGGGCGGGCUCCCGGGCCAGCCUGCUGCGGCGGUCGUGGAGCAAACUCUUCACCUGGAACUUUCUGAAGACGAUCGCGCUGGGCCAGAUGCUGUCACUAUGCAUCUGUGGCACGGCCAUCACCAGCCAGUACCUGGCCGAGCGGUUCCGGGUGAACACCCCGAUGCUGCAGAGCCUCGUCAACUACAUCCUGCUCUUCCUCGUCUACACGGUGAUGCUGGCCUUCCGGCCAGACAACGAAAACCUCCUGUCCAUCUUGAAAAGGAAGUGGUGGAAGUAUGUCCUUCUGGGCUUGGCAGAUGUGGAAGCCAAUUACCUGAUUGUCCGGGCGUACCAGUACACGACGCUCACCAGCGUCCAGCUCCUGGACUGUUUCGGGAUCCCCGUGAUGAUGGCUCUCUCGUGGUUCAUCCUGUACGCACGGUACCGUGUCAUCCACUUUGUGGCCGUGGCCGUGUGUCUGCUGGGCGUGGGGACCAUGGUCGGUGCGGACAUACUAGCUGGAAGGGAAGACAACUCGGGGAGCAACGUGCUCAUCGGGGACGUGCUGGUCCUGCUGGGCGCGUGCCUCUACGCCGUGUCCAACGUGUGUGAGGAGUACAUCGUAAAGAAGCUGAGCCGCUGCGAGUUUCUGGGAAUGGUGGGGCUGUUCGGGACUCUCAUCAGCAGCGUCCAGCUGCUGCUCGUGGAGUACCAGGACGUGGCCAGCAUCCCCUGGGACUGGAGAAUCGCGCUGCUCUUUGCCGCCUUUGCCCUCUGCAUGUUCUGCCUGUACAGCUUCAUGCCAGUGGUGAUCAGCGUCACCAGCGCGACCUCGGUCAACCUGGGCAUCCUGACCGCCGACCUCUACAGCCUGUUCUUCGGACUCUUUCUGUUUGGCUAUAAGUUUUCGGGACUCUACCUGCUGUCCUUCACCAUCAUCAUGACGGGCUUCGUCCUGUACUGCGCCACCCCGACGCGCAACGCGGAGCCCCCCGCCAGCAGCAUCCCGCCCGCCGCCAGCAUCGGCUUCGACAACCUGGGGCUGAAGCUGGAGGAGAGCCCGCAGGAGCCGCCCGCCGCCGUGGUGUAGCUGCAGCCGGCGCCCCCGCGCCCCCCGGGACCCUCGGGGAGCUGGGCCUGAGCACAGGCGCCGACAAGACCCCCGGGACGAAGCGCAGAGCCUGGCAGCUGGGAGAAGGGGCCAGCAGGCCUUGGGGCGCCCCGAGGGGGCCCGCCUGGGCGCCUGGGAGCUGCUCGGAGCGGGGCUGCGGGGUUCCAGCCACAGAGCGUGACGCACAGGAGACCCCGCGGCUCGGAGGGGCCCAGGACUUCCCGGGACUAUUGCAGAGCCACCAAUAGCAAGGCUGACCAGUCACCGCUUGGGGGCGGCGCCCUCUGCCGCGUCCUGGGGGGAGUGUGAGAGGAACUGAGGGUACGAAUUCACGGGAUUAAACGCUAUGGGUUUCGUGGACACACGGCGCGUGGCUUCUCUGAUUCCCAGCCCUCCCCUUGGGGGCUGGACGGCACCUGGCCUGGUAACCCUCCCUUCUCCGGCCGGAGCUCAGGAGCAUCUUUCCUGCGCGCGGGGCAGCUGUGUCUCGGGCACUCCACCCGCUGGAGGGGCUUCAGGCCAACUUGUGGGUCGGCUGCAGGAAGAAGCGUUUUGCGUAUUUCAUUUUGGCCUUGGGGCCACAUUCGCCAAGGCUCGGAGCUUACUCCUGGCUCUGCGCUCAGGGAUCACUCCUGGAGGUGCUUGGGGGACCCUCUGGGGUGCCGGGGAAUGAGCCCGGCUUGGCGCAUGCAAAGCCAGCAGCACCUUACCUUCUUGCUGUACUGUCUCUGGCCCCAGAAUAAGCAUAUUAUUUUAUUUUUAUUUAUUAAAUUUUGUAUUGGGGGGGUUGGUUACACCUGGCGGUGCUCAGAGGUUCCUCCUGGCUCCGCACUCAGGAAUUACUCCUGGUGGUGCUUGGGGGAUGCAUAUGGGGAUGGCGGGGAUCGAACCCCGGGUGGGUCAUCUUCAAGCCAGGCUCCCGACCCAUUGUACCAUCGCUCCGGCUUCAGGAUAAGCAUUUUACAGUACUGAAUUUGAAUAUUUCUUUUAUUAUGUUUGAUAAAAGCUUUAUUCUAUUUUAUUUUUUUAUUCUUAAAUUUAAAUUUUAUUUUUAUAAAGUUGUUCACAAUAAGUUAUUACAUCAUUCACUAUUCUAACACCAAUCCCACCACCAUUACACCUUCCCGCCACUAUUAUUUCAAGUUUUCCCAACCACCACCCAAUCCUGCCCCAAUAGCAGACCCUACAUAACUUAUUUUGUUUUACUUAUGAAUAAUUUGAUAGAAAUGAUCAAAAAAGUUUCUUAGAAGAAAGUGUGUGAAGAUUGUUGUACCCCAUUCACUGUGGCAUGCUACUAUGGGUGUAUCGGUGUCUUUUCUCAUUUUUGAGUGAUAGGACAAUCUCUGCAGCCAGUUAAAACUGAUGACUGUGGG